AUGUUCACGAAAAAUAGUGAUCUAAGGAAACAUAUAAGAACACAUACUGGAGAGAAACCAUAUACUUGUGAAUUCUGUAGUAAAUCCUUUAGUGAAAAAAGUAAUUUAACAAGACAUCGGAGAAUACAUACUGGACAGAAACCCUAUACUUGUGAAGUUUGUUAUAAGUCAUUUAAUCUUAAAGGUAAUUUAACAGUACAUCUGAGAACACAUACUGGAGAGAAACCCUAUGCUUGUGAAUUUUGUAAUAUGUCAUUUAGUUUCAAAAGUUCAUUAACAAAACAUCUGAAAAUACAUACUGGAGAAAAACUUUACACUUGUGAAAUUUGUAGUUUAUCAUUUUGUAGAAAAGAUCAUUUAACCAGACAUCUGAGAACACAUACUGGAGAGAAACCCUUUACAUGUGAAGUUUGUAAUAAGUCAUUUAGUCGAAUAGACAGUUUAAAAGAACAUGAAAAGAUUCACAAGGACAGUUGA